ACGAAGCAAUUUAUACUUUUGUCGUUGAGAUUAAAACCUAACACUUGGACAUGGAGUCAUGCUCAAAGACAGAGGUUGGCGGCAGAAAAAAGCGUGCUAGAGCAUUACUUUCCUGGUUGUGUUAGAUGGAUCGAUCCGACAGACAACACGAAGGUUGAAAUCACGUUGAAAACAAACAAUGACAACGAAUACAUUCUCAGGAUCUACAUCGGCGAUUUUCCAAAUUCAGUCCCGGAUAUGGUCGUUGUUUCUUCGCCCAAUCCGAUGCCUGAUUGGGGCAGUAGUUACUCUAAUCACACUUUGACAAGACGCGACGGGUAUCUUAGGAUAUGCCACUAUCACUACAGUCAGUGGACGGAUCGUUCCUCGCUGUAUGAAGUGGUUAUGAAAGGAAGAGUCUGGCUGGAAGCCUACGAAGGUCAUUUGAGAACGGGGCAGCCUAUGAAUUACUUUCUUCGUGAGAUGGAGAGUAGUGGACUUGGUUGUCAGUGUAUGUGAUGUA